UUUCACUUAAAAUCAAAAGUUUGUGACGAGUUUUUGUAAGCGCUUAUUCGUAUAUUUUGUUCUUUGUAUUUAAGCAUAAAUUUACAAUUUUUCAUUUAAAGUUUUGAUCUUUUUGUUGUUUGCAUUCUGACCCAAAAUUACCAUGGAAGAAUCAAAGGAAGUAAAAGAUGAGACUAAGCCUGUGGAUGAAUCUCCAUCCCGCUCAAAAGAUUUAAGCAAAACACUUCCAGAGGAAGCAUUUAAUAACUUCUUGCAAGGUAAACGACAUAUACUUGUUCAAGACUACCUACAUGCUGUUCAAAGUUUGUCUACUGCCUGUGAGCUGUACACUCAACAUUUUGGAGAAUUAGCUUUGGAAUGUGGUGAAGUUCAUUUCUUAUAUGGAAAGGCAUUAUUCCGUUUAUCCCAGCAACAGGCUGGCAUUCUAGGUGGUGCUUUAAAUGAAGAAGUCAAUGAUGAUGAAGAUGAGGAUGAAGAUGAACCUGAAAAAUCUUCUGAGGAGGAAGGUAAAGAAAAUGAAGGAAGUGAAAAAAAUGACUCAGACACAGAAAAUGGCGAGGAAAAUCAAGAAGAUACUGAAGCAACAGUUACAACUAAAGAAGAUGAGAAGGAGCCUUCUGAAUCUACAGAUUCUCCUCAGCAUAUUCCAGAGGAGACUUCCAAAGAACCUAUCGAGAAGGAAGGUGAACAGUCAGCUGUUGCUGAAAAUGAAGCAAAUGCUAACGAGGAACAACAGGAAACUGAGGAAGAUGACUUAGAAUUGGCAUGGAACAGUUUGGAAACAGCUAAGUCAAUAUAUCUAAGACAAGGGGAAGAUAAUGUUGAAGCUCAGCUUAAAGUUGCAGAAAUUCUUCAACUUUUAGCUGAAAUAAGUAUGGAAUCUGACAACAACACAGCAGCCAUUAAUGAUCUCAAGGCAUGUUUAGAAAUUAAAAAGCGCCAUCUUAAUCCUGAUGAUAGACUUUUAGCAGAAACAUAUUAUCAAAUGGGUCUAGCACAGAUGCUGGAAAAAAUGUAUGUAGAUGCUUUGGAAAAUUUCCGAACUACAGUGAAAAUUUUGGAAUUGAAAAUACAAAAUUUAAAGAGCACUCCUAUUCCUGACAUUCCUGGCAGCUUUGAUAAAGCUGAUGUUGAAAAAGAAAUUGAAGAUUUGGAAAGUGUUUUGUCUGAUAUUAGAGAGAAAAUAGAAGACACCAGAGAACUUAUUGAAGAUGCCAAAAAAGCUUUAGAAGACCGCAUAAUCAUUAAAAGAAAUGAGCUGGAAAAGGUUGGAUUUCCUGAGGCUGACAAAAGCACCUCCAAGCCAGUUUCAAACAUUACACAUUUGUUAAAACGAAAGAAACCAGACCAGGAAGAAGAAGAAAGGGAAUCUAAACGUUCCAAGUUGUCAAAUAAUGUACAAAAUGGAGAUACAACAGUUACCGAAUAAUUUAGGUUUGCCUUUUCAAGUUCAGUCUAAUCUCAUGAAAGCAAGACAAGUAAAAGUAAACUGUAAAUAUUUGUGUGACAAAUUUUUGUGUAUUGUUAUUUAACAAUUUUUAUUUUUAAAGUUCUGCAUUUGUACAUUUUUACAUUAAACUUUUUUUUCAUAA